GGUCAGUCUGGAGAUGGCUGCGAAUCGGGUGGGGAGGCGUUAUAACAAUAAAAUCCACUCGCCGAACCGAGGAGCCAGCCGGGAAGCUGGACUGAGUGUGCAGAAGAGACAAGCGCGAGUCACCGUCAAAUAUAAUAGAAAGGAACUCCAGAGGCGCCUGGAUGUGGAAAAGUGGAUAGAUUGUGGACUUGACGAGCUGUAUUUGGGAAGGGAAGAUGAGAUGCCAGAGGAAGUAAACAUUGAUGAGCUGCUAGAUCUACAGAGUGAUGAAGAAAGGACACAGAAGCUUAAGGACAUCCUUCAUGCCUGCAGUAACAACACAGAAGUCUUCAUCACAGAGCUGGUGAAGAAACUUCACGGUUUGCAGAAACAAGAAGAUCUCCACAACAAUGGGAUCGAACAUCCUCAGCUUCACAUCUUCCCGGAGCGCCAGGGCUCUUCUGACAGCGAGAUACACUGAGCAGUCGUUCACAGCUCACUGUCAAGGCAUCAGCAGCACAUAUUGUUGUUUUUGGUUUUGUAUAUGAACAGAUCGACAAAAAAAAAAAAAAAAAAAAAACAUAAAUUAUUUAUGUAAAAACCUUGCUUAAAGAUUAGAGUACAACACUGAGUUACUGACCACUGCACGGACCUAAGACAAUGGUCAUCAUAAUUUAGAAGUUUUUAAUAUGAAUGAGUCUUAAUUGUUAAAUCAGUUGUACUUUUCCUUCAGUGAACAGGUGUAUUGUUCUUUUAGGUAAUUAUUUAUACUUGUGUAACCCAUUUAAAUGUAAUAUUCAAGUUUUAAGUUCCUUAUUAAAUAUUGACACAUAAAGGAUUUUUUUUUGUCAUUAUGCUUGUAUGUUAUACAAGUUUUCCACAAAUGGACCAAAGAGUAAUAUGGCAAGAUUCUUUUGAGAUAUUGAGUUAAAUAUUUUACUGUCGUGUUGUUUAUAUCUGUUGUUGGAUUUUGUAGGAUGAAAUUAUUUUCCAGAAAAAAAGUUUUGCUAAAUUUAACAUGAUUCAUUAAAAAUGAUGGCUCAAGCUUUUGCCCAGUAGAUAUGAAAAACUUUCUGACAAAACCAUGAGGUAUUGUUAUUAUGUUUGCUGCUAUAUUAUACUCAAGCUGAUCAAAUUUACUGCUUGUUUGAAGAAAAUGACACUUUGUGAAGGAUUUAAGUUUUUUCUUCUUCAGAUCUGUAUUUUUAGUUUGUGUAAUGCACCGCUAUGUUUGUUUGUACAGAGUUUCACGAUAUCUCGAAUGCUUUUAUUUACUGUUUUCAGUUAAUUUGCUUGCAGUUAAAGGUUUUUGAAAUCCGAGUUCCUGUGCACAACAAAGUUUUACCCAUUGGACGAAAAGAUUUUUUAAAAGAUGAAUAUUUCAAUUAAGCAAAAAGUAAUAACAGGUUUUUAUGUUUUUUUGUAUCACUAAUAAUCAAGCAAACGAACACAGUAAUAAUGCUGUAAAUAGCCUGUUAUAUCUUUGUGAAAUAAAAUAAUAACAAUACA